AUGAUCGCGACUGUAGUUUAUACAAAACCCCAUCCAGAUGGGCGCACUGGAACCCUGUUUCAAGGCAAACGCUUCUGGCUGUCGCUGAAUGUCCCCCAACGAGAUAGGUUCAAAGAAGUCAUCAAGCUGAAUGGUGGUGAUGUUGUUCUUCAAGAGAAAGAUGCAAAUAUUAAGCUAGUGGAUCACACAAAACGUGAAAUUCCGCUGGAUACGUACUCAUACAAAUAUGUGGAAAAGUCCAUAUUGAACGGUCAACUUGAAGACCUGGAAGCUCACAGAGCUGGCAAAACCCACCGUCCAGUUGGUGCACACAACAUACCCGCGAGGACCCGUAGAACACCUUACACGCUUGAGGAUGAUCAGGUUCUGUGGGACUGGUUGAAUCCAUAUGAACAGAGAGGAGAUCAGGUUUCGGGCAAUUUGAUCUAUCAACACCUGGCUAAAGAUCAUCCUCGACACACAUUUCAGUCAUACCGGGAUCGUUAUUUGAAACACAUCCGUGGAAAGCCUCGUCCUGGUGGCCCUCCUAAAGAAGACCAACAGCAAGACACAGCCGCCGAAGACCAAAGCUCGUCAGAGCGAGGAUCACAACGAGGAUAUUCUCAGCAGCUUUCUGCUGUUCGAAAUGCCCAGUCCGACUCCAUCCCACGUACUCCAGAGUCUUCUGUGUGGAGAAAUGCAUCUUCUCAGGCAGAGAAUCAACCAUCCGCAGCCGAGGCUGGCCCUUCUGAAGCAACGGAGCUGGUCAGGCAGCCUGCAAGAAGCAACCUGAAAGUAAUUAAGCGGAAGCGGCUCUCCAAUGAAGACCCUCCAGCCGUGCCAAAAUUUGACACGGAUAAUAACCCGGCAAAGCGUAGACGACAUGCGACAGAAGCUGGUCCGUCUACACCUAGCCAGUCUGAUAAUGUCCCUACAACAGAAAAACAAACCGAUCGGGGCCCAGCACCCGAAUCUAUUCGAUCACAAUCAAAAACCACGUCGCAAUACGAAGAGGAAACCAACCUCGCGGCCUUGCUGGAGCUACCACUGGCUGGACCUGCUCUUGGAGGCGAGGACGACAGUGAUGAAGACCCGGACGAGGACGGUGACAGUGAAGGUGUUGCGGCCUGGAUGGAAGAACACAUACGCAACGGUAAAACCGGCGAGCAUCUUAUCAUGGCUCUAGACUGCACUUCUAUGAAUGCAGAGUUAGCAGACCGUGUUGUGGCUUUGCUCAGUGCAGGCCAUGAAAUUCCGAGCGACAUCCCGGGUGUUUGGACAAAGGACGAAGACGAGAUUCUCCUAGGCUCUGAAACGCGGAAAAUUCAAAGUUUACUUCAAAAGCAUGGAUCCGACUUUUAUAACGAGCGUUUCAAGUAUCUGGAAGAGCGCCAGAAAGCUCAAGAUGUGGUUAUGAGGGAAGAAGACUGA